UUUAAAAAAAAUAAUUUUGGCGACCAAAAAAUUGUUCUUGCACACACAAACUCAGUCCCAAACUCAGGUCAGGAGUCGAGUGUUUUCAUUGUACAUCGCCGUCGAUUCCCAUUUGUUCGUGAUUCACUUCAAUUCCCUUCACUUUAAUCUCAAUCUCAACCCCCAACUUCUGCCGCACUUCGCCGGAGAUUCGUCUUCUUUCCGGCAGAUUUGAGCUCCAAACUCGGCAUUCCUCGGCGCCCUCUACUCUCCGCUCUCUCCGAUUUCCUUUUCUACAUUAUUCUUCUUGCUGUCUUUCUCACUGUAUUCAAGGGUUUUCGCUCGGUUGCGAACUGGCUAUGGACUACGAGCCCCAUGAUAGUAGCGUUCAUGUCUAAGCUAUUGCCGCACUUGCACACAUGUUAACGAUUCUCCUUUGAGUGCAAGACUUAGACUGACCUUCUGCCUUUUUGAAGGAACUGAUGAUGAUCUCCCUCCAUCUCACCAGAAUAGAAUGGCAAGAGGAGGGGGCCGUGUUUCAGGGAAUGGAAGAUCAGUCAUGGGUUCUGUUCCAUAUCCCAGGAUGUAUGGUGAAACUGACAUGGAAGCUCAAAUUCAUCAACUUGAGAAGGAAGCUUACAGUUCUGUUCUUAGAGCCUUUAAAGCUCAAGCUGAUGCCAUUACUUGGGAGAAAGAAAGUUUGAUUACUGAACUCAGAAAAGAGUUAAGAUUGUCCAAUGAGGAGCAUAGGGAGCUUUUAGGACGGGUUAAUGCAGAUGACAUGAUUAGAAGUAUAAGGGAAUGGAGACAGGCAGGUGGGCAUCAAACUGGCAAGCUCAGUACCAGCCAAGCCAUUCAUGAUCCUAUACCCAGCCCUACUGUCUCUGCAUCGCGCAAGAAACAGAAACUAACCCAUUUGGUGCCUCCACAGUCCUUUACUGGCCCAUCUCCAUCCUUCCAUCAACAAUCUGUUCCUCCUCCUCAUCAGCCAUCCUCAUCUGUUGCAAAAAGAGGAGCUAUCCCUACCACCAAGGGCAAAAAACAAAAAUCUAUAUUACCUGGGGCAUCCUCAGCUAAACAGUACCAAACCCCAGUUCCUAGUGGUAGGAGUCAAGUUGCUAAUAGAGUUUCUUCCGGAGCCAUUGAGCCGGCUGAAGGAGCAACAUUGAAUCCACUUAUUGGGAGGAAAGUAAGAACUAGAUGGCCGGAUGAUAAUAACUUUUAUGAAGCUGUUAUAACUGAUUACAAUGCUGCUGAGGGACGACAUGCUUUGGUUUAUGAUAUCGGUUCUGCUAAUGAGACAUGGGAGUGGGUUAAUCUCACAGAGAUAUCUCCCGAGGACAUCCAAUGGGUUGAUGAGGAUCCUGGAAUCCCACAUAGAGGUGGUUAUGGUGGAUCAGGUCAUGGAAUGAACCGUUCUGUCGGCCGCGAUGGCUCUGGUGCAGGCAGAGGCAGAGGAGUCCCCAAGUCUCAAACCAGAAAAGAUUUUUUGCCAUCCCAAAAUGGCAUUGGCAAAAAGACAUCCGAUGAUAUACGGAUACUCCAUACAGAAACUCUAAUUCGAGAGGUGGAGAGAGUCUUUGGUUCAAAUCAUCCAGAUCCCGUUGAAAUUGAAAGGGCAAAGAAAGUUCUCAAUGACCAUGAACAAUCACUUAUUGAUGCCAUUAAUAAACUUGGAGAUAUUUCUGAAGUCGGAAGCGACGAAGGUGGUCACCGGUUCUCACAUGGGCAAUCUAUGGACCGGGAAUAACGAUAAUUGUUUCCAAAUGAAGGUGGUUCAUUCUGCAACAACAUCCUUUUGAUAAAAAGACGACUGGAUGUGGUAAGCAACUUUUGAGUUGAGUUGGGGGAGUGACACACCUAAAUCUCAAGGCCCUUCUUCUGUAAAAUAUACAAGGAUUGAGUUGAAUGUUCCCUUGCUUAGGUUAACUAUGGGGUUUUUGCUCUAUUAGCAUAGAGAAUGGUUCUCAGGAUGGGGUUGGUUGUCUUCUUCUUAUCUUAUUAUUCUCCAUUUUUAUUUAUUUUUGGCAAUGGUAAGAAUUAACAUAGGAAAGCUGAUGAUACUUGUGUAACAUUAUUUGAAUAGUGAUUUAAGAUGUGACCCAUGUAUAAACUUUUAAGUUGCCUGGUUUA